AUGGUUAGGAUAUACCCACUGCUGGCCGAAAUUUUGAAAAUUCCCAUUCUCCAAAACAAACCUGUCAGGAAGGAAUGUCACCACUCCGGUUGGAUCCUUUUUCAAACAACUCUACUCCUCCACAACUCAAUCACACUUUUUCAACUUCUUUAUCAUACCGAACACCCUCUUCAUAACAAACUUGCUGAAAUGAUACUAUUCAGGCUGACAGCAUCGCACAAGAGAUAUUCGAUGCUAGGCAUUGCUAGCUAUGACAAUCACUAUACUUCAUUUCACCAUGCCAAUUCAUUACUGGAAGCAGGGAAUUGUAUACCUUAUACAAACAAUUCAGGAUCUCGGGCAAUUGAUCCUCUCGUUGAUCUGGUAUCACAACAGCAACCGCUCCCAGAGAUUAAACGCUGUAUCUCGAGAUACACUACUCCUCAUGACUGUGAGCUAACCAGCCUCGACAACAUCUAUUCGGCUAAUACGGCAAACGCACCAAUGUAUCGCGUUACAACUUCACGAACGCCGCCAGAACCUGAUCUUCAGUCAUCGCCGUGGCAACUAGACGAUAUCCCUGCGGCUCAAAACGGCACCAUACUUCCCCCUUAA